CUCCAUUGACUCUUUAUCUAUAAGUUUUUCUUCCUACCUUCUCUCUCUUCAAGCUCUCUCCAUUACACCAUCAGACCCUUGUGGUGUGGAGCCCAAAGCUGGACCUGUGCUUUACUGGCUUCAAGCUCUCCAUUGUUGCCUCUUUAUGGGUCUUGUCUGCCUAUCAUCACAUACAUAGCUAGAGAGUUUUUGUAACCUUUCUUAUUAGUUUCUGCCAUUUUUUUCUUUCACUUGGUUCUCUAAAAUUUUUUGCUUUAUUAUCUUCACUUGAAGAAUCUACCAAGGAAAUCACAACCCGCUUCGGUUUUUUUCUUUUGAGCUGAUUUGUCCAUAGUCCAUAGAUCUAAAACUUUGAUGAUAUCCGUAUGAAGGUUUCUCUUUUUAAAUCCUUCUCUGCUCAUCGUCUGUUAUAAAGUUGUCAAAUUGUUUGAGAGAUAUUAUUGUUCUGAGAAGUAAAGGAGCAUAAACUUUUACAACUGGGGUUUUGGGGCAGUAUUGUUUUGAUUGCUUAUUAGAUGUGGAUAAUUCAGAGGGUUGUCUGGCUGAGAUGAGGGAUGUUAGAGGGGUUGAUGAACUUUUUGAGGGCCUGUUUAUGGCCAAGGUCAGAUCCAUAUGUUCACACGAAUUUAGACUCUGUGGGUCGCCAAGAUGGACUGUUGUGGUACAAAGAUUCAGGUCAUCACAUGAAUGGUGAAUUCUCAAUGGCUGUGGUGCAGGCCAACAAUUUACUUGAGGAUCAAAGCCAGCUGGAGUCUGGCAGUUUGAGUUCUCAUGAGUCUGGACCAUAUGGCACCUUUGUUGGUGUUUAUGAUGGGCAUGGAGGGCCUGAGACAUCACGCUAUAUUACGGAUCACCUUUUUGAACAUCUCAAGAGGUUUACAUCAGAGCAGCAGUCAAUGUCAGUGGAUGUAAUACGGAAGGCAUAUCAAGCAACAGAAGAAGGUUUUAUGUCUGUUGUCUCUAGGCAGUGGCUUAUGAAACCUCAAAUUGCAGCAGUUGGAUCAUGCUGCCUGGUUGGUGUUAUCUGUAAUGGAAUUCUUUAUAUUGCAAACGUUGGUGAUUCACGUGCUGUUUUGGGGAGAGUUAUGAAGGCAACAGGAGAGGUGCUGGCCAUGCAACUCUCAGCAGAGCACAAUGCAUGUAUAGAGUCUGUGAGACAGGAGUUGCAGUCUUUACACCCUGAUGACAAACAGAUUGUAGUUUUAAGGCAUAAUGUAUGGCGUGUCAAGGGCCUUAUACAGGUUUCUAGAUCUAUUGGUGAUGUAUAUUUGAAAAAGGCUGAGUUCAACAGAGAGCCUUUGUAUGCUAAGUUCCGCCUUCAUGAACCUAUUAGAAGGCCAAUAUUGAGUGCAGAACCAUCAAUUUCAGUGCACCCGCUGCAGCCCCAUGAUCAGUUUGUAAUAUUUGCAUCUGAUGGGCUCUGGGAACACCUAACAAAUCAGGAAGCAGUUAAUAUAGUUCAAAAUCAUCCACGCAAUGGAAGUGCAAGGAGAUUGGUGAAAGUUGCUCUGCAAGAAGCAGCAAAGAAAAGAGAAAUGAGGUAUUCAGACCUUAAGAAGAUUGAUCGUGGCGUUCGCCGCCAUUUCCACGACGACAUCACUGUAAUAGUUGUGUUUCUUGACUCAAAUCAUGUGAGUAGGGCUAGCUCCAUCAAGUCCUCAAAUGUAUCAGUGAGAGGAGGUGGAAUCAACCUACCUUCUAACACAUUGGCUCCUUUCACCAUGCCAACUGAAGCUGGCGGUACCUGAAAAAUAUGUAUCUCAUGUUUUCAUAUGUUGUCUCAUUCUCUUGCGAAUACCGGGUAGCUUUAUGGAGAUAAGAGGAGCAAGCCUUCAAUUCUUUAUCGUACACUGGAACUUUUACCAGAGGACUAAUACUUGCAUUUAGCUUCUUUGUCAGAGACUUAAAAAGAACUGGGAGAAGGGGAGUAUAAAUUGAUAGUUAUUAUAGUUACUUAAUUGGGAAAGUUCACUUCCAUGUUUCAAUAGUUUUUACCCCAGUUGGCAUCGUCCUAAUUCGGUUGUAAAGUUUACUACUUAGAAAAUUCAGUUUUUCAUCUUUUUA